CCUGGUGUCACUCAUCUACUACCCAGCGUUCAGUAUCGGUAGCGCCACUUUCGGUAGCGCACACAGGACGAUUGAACGCCGGUCGGUGGCACCGUUUUUUUUUUUUGUUGAAAAUGGAACGAAAAGUAGCUCGAGAAUUUAGGCACAAGGUGGAGCUACUCAUUGACAAUGAGGCAGAAAAGGACUACCUGUAUGAUGUCCUGCGGAUAUACCACCAGUCCAUGGAGUUGUCAGUGCUGGUGGGGGACCUGAAGCUGGUCAUCAACGAGCCCAGCCGCCUGCCACUGUUUGAUACCAUCCGGCCCCUCAUUCCCCUCAAACACCAGGUGGAGUACGACCUGCACACCCCCAAGAGGUCACGUAAGCUAAGGGAGGUGCGUCUGGAUCGUACUCAUCCUGAGGGCCUGGGGCUGAGCGUAAGAGGGGGCCUGGAGUUCGGCUGUGGACUCUUCAUCUCACAGAUCGUCAAGGAUGGACAGGCUGGAAACAGUGGCCUGCAGAUGGGAGAUGAGAUUGUACGCAUCAAUGGAUACUCCAUUUCUUCCUGUAUCCACGAGGAAGUCAUCAACCUCAUCAAGACCAAGAAGACCGUGUCGCUCAAAGUCAGGCAGGUUGGAAUGAUACCAGUGAAGAGUUCCACAGAGGAGGCUUUGAAGUGGCAGUUUGUGGACCAGUUUGUGUCUGAUUCUGGGACGAAAAACAGUGUGGCAGGCCUGGCGUCCAUGGGAGGCAAGGAGAUCAAGGAGAAGAAGGUGUUCCUGAGCUUGGUGGGCACCAAGGGCAUGGGCAUCAGCAUCUCCAGUGGCCCCACACAGCAGCCUGGUAUCUAUGUCAGUAACGUUAAACCUGGCUCCCUCGCUGCUGAAGUAGGACUACAGACUGGUGACCAGAUCGUCGAGGUGAACAGGGUGGAAUUCACUAAUCUGGACCACAAAGAGGCUGUCAGAGUUCUGAAGAGCAGCAGGAGUCUAACCAUCACAGUUCUUUCUGGUGCUGGCAGUGAGUUGUUUAUGACAGGCGAGGAGCGUCUGGCGGUGGAGGCUCGCAGGGAGGUGGACAGACAAGAGCUGAUGCAACAGAAGAGGGUUGCCCUACAGACCAACAAGAUCAUUAAGGAGCAGCAGGAGAAGGAGAGGCAGAGAAAGAUUGAGAUUUCUCAGAAGAAUGCUGAGGAAGAGGAACGCUACCAGAAGGAAAUGGAGAAGAUCGAGGCUACGGAGAGGAAGCACAACGGGGAGUGGGAGGAGGACUGGGCCCCUGGAGAACAAACCAAAACCAAGAGUCCCUCCCCUGCCCGGCACAAAAUCAACACCCCACCCCCCGAGUCCAAGAGCUCUGACUAUGGAGCCAGCUCUUUUCAGGCUGACGACAAUGAUGAGGAGGAGGAAGAGGAGGAGGAGGAGGAGGAAGAAGAAGGGAGAGAAAAAUAUGUGGAAGACUUUGAUCCCCUCUCCAUGUUCUCCUCAGAGCAGAUAGCUGGACGAGACGUGAGACAGCUGAGAAUCAAAAAGGUUGGACCACUUGAUCUGGCUGUGGAGGGGGGUGUAGACUCCCCUCUGGGAAAGCUAGUGGUAUCUGCCAUUUAUGAUGGAUGCUCAGUAGACAAACAUGGUGGGAUAGUACCAGGAGAUGAGGUGAUGGCUGUGAAUGGGAAGGUCCUGACUGACUCCUCACUGACAGAAGGAGAGAACUCUCUAAACUUGGCCUGGAACAGUGGAGGGGAUUGGUUUGAGCUGGUGAUAGCAGUGUCACCUCCAAAAGAAUACGAAGAUGAGGUGACGUUCUUCUGAGUCACUUCAUCACCCAGCCUGCCAAACAAGCCAUAUCCACCAACCACCCGUCUCAUUAUCUCUGACAUUCUUCUAUCGUCACAAUCAAAUCCCUGCAUCAAACUGUUUCAAAUGCAAUGCUGAUCAUUACGGAAAACAAGUCUGUUCAACCAGAACCACACUGUGAUGUGCUACCUGUAAACUGUCUAUGAACUUCAUCCUCUGUUGAGUUUCAUUUAGAUCCCAGUACAGAUACUUCUGAUACUUCUGAUGUAUAUAAUAAUAUGAAUCUGGGGUACAUAAUCCCCAGAGCCAUAUAUGUAGAGAGUUGAGACAUUGAGGUUACUGCAUUAUUAUGCAUUUACAUGGCACUACAAAAUUCUAUGGCAGCCAUGUUAAAUAUGGGCAAUAUUUAAACGAUGCUGUGUAACUGAAUGUCUACAAUUAGAACAUUAUUUCAACAUUAUAAAAUGUGGCCCAACUCUGUAAAUACAUGUCUCUGGUAACCCCCCUUCUUCUCAUAUUAGUACACCACAGCAAAGGAAGUGUAUCUUAUUGAGUUUUGAGUCAAUCCAGUGGUGAAAACCUCCGAAGAGCCCGAGUGUCAACAGGCCUGUAUUGUUCUUUCCCAAGUGGAGCUGGCAAUGCUGAAAGUCUAAUUAAAUGCUUAGUGCAUCUCAAUGAGCUUCUAGUAUGCCAUAGAUCAAAGCAUGAGCUGCCAAACACCCAAACAUGUUCGUAGAGACUAAUGGCGAGUAAACUGUAGGCUUAUAGAAAAUAAAUACAGAGGCACACACUACAUAUAUACGCACCCAGUCAUUUAUUGUGUUAACCACCAACGUUUCGGCAUCACAAUGCCCGUGGUUUACCCAGUCAAUGACUUCAAGCUUAUACUGUGUAUAUAUGCAGUUAUUUUAUUUUUAUAGCCUUCUAGUAUGCCAAAACAAGCCCUUGGCUCUCGUUGAAAUAACACCCCUAAGUCCCCAAUUAAAGGUGUUUGAUAUUAUCAUUCCGUUACAAUGGGUAAUCAGAAGUAGACCCCGAGACCCAGCAGGUAGGCAGGCACACUGUGAUGUAAUCAAUGUCCUUCCUCUGAAAUCAACGCUCAGAAUCAAUAAAGGAAUUUGUUGACUUUGA